UACCUAUCAAACCUGAUCAACUAAUUUCUCACAAUGUGCCCACAUUGUUUCUCUGCAGAACAACAGAUCACAGGGCUGGUGUUGCGCAACCUCACAGAGACGGAUCUGGAUAAGAUUGGAAUUGGGUGAGUAUGGGUGGGAUCGGACAGAGGGUGCUUUUUACAGACUAGACUAGAACACAUUACUCUUGACUAAUUUGUCCACAUCUAGAUUGAUACAGAGUGGGUUGGAUUGAGAUGAAUGGGACUGGGUGGAAGCUUUUGUCACUGUGAUUUUGGUUCCUCUUUUAGACCUCUGGGGAAACGCAGGCAGAUUAUCCACAGCCUGGAUAAACUAUGGCACAUCAAAGACGCGCCUAUGAAGGUCUUCAACGACCCCAUCCACGGCCACAUUGAGAUGCACCCUCUCCUGGUGCACAUCAUAGACACUCCUCAGUUCCAGAGGCUCCGCUACAUCAAGCAGCUGGGUGGGGCCUACCUGGUGUUCCCAGGGGCAUCCCACACCCGCUUUGAACACUCUCUCGGGGUCGGGUAUCUGGCUGGUAAGCUGGUCCAAGUCCUGAAAGAACGGCAACCUGAGCUGCUCAUAACCAGGCAGGAUAUCCUGUGUGUGCAGAUUGCAGGCCUGUGCCAUGACUUGGGACAUGGGCCGUUCUCUCACUUGUACGAUGGAAUAUUCCUCCCCAAAGUUCGCCCAGAAAAAGAGUGGAGGCAUGAGGAGGCCUCUGUGCAGAUGUUUGACCACCUGGUGAGGGAGAAUAAACUGGAGGUGGUGAUGCAGGAUCAUGGCCUGACCCUCCCCGAUGACGUGGAGUUCAUUAAGGACCUGAUCGACCCUAAGUUGCCCUCCAAAGGCAGGCCUGAGGAAAAGUCCUUCCUGUAUGAGAUUGUGGCCAACAAAAGGAAUGGCAUCGAUGUGGACAAGUGGGACUACUUUGCGAGGGACUGUUACCACCUUGGCAUCAAGAACAGCUUUGAUUACCAGCGCAUCCUGAGAUUUUCCCGCGUGUGUGAUGUCGAGGGGAAGAAGAGCAUUUGCAUCAGAGAAAAGGAGGUAUGGAACAUGUAUGACAUGUUCCACACGCGGAGCGGCCUUCAUCGCAGAGCAUACCAGCACAAGGUCGUCAAAAUCAUUAAUACCAUGAUUGCAGAUGCCCUGGUGAAGGCACACCCCUACAUUAAGAUCAAGGGCUCAGGAGGGAAGAUGCUCCCUCUCUCCAAAGCCAUAGAUGACAUGGAGGCCUACACCAAUCUCACAGACCACGUUUUUCUGCAGAUCCUCUACUCGUACUCUGAUGAGUUGGCGGGAGCUCGGGAGAUCCUCCAGAACAUCAUCUGCCGGCGCUUGUAUAAGUGUGUGGGUGAGAUCAGACCCACCACUCACGUGGACGUGUCCCAGGAUAAGCUGAAGGAGUUGGCUGAAAACGUAGCCAGCUCCAAACCCAGUGAUGAAGAUGUGGUCUUGACGAGCGAGGACUUUGUUGUCAAUGUCAUCUCCUUGGACUACAGCAUGAAGGACAAGGACCCCAUCAACAACGUCCACUUCUACCGCAAAAACGACCCGACCAAGGCCAUCAAGUUCAGCAGGCAUGAGGUGUCCAAGAUGCUGCCUGAGAAGUUUGAGGAGCAGCUGAUCUUUGUGUACUACAAGGGCCGGGACAAGCCCCGGGACAAGCGCCUGGAGGAGCCUCUAGAGGAGCGCCGUCUGGAGGAGUGUCUGGAGGAGCGCCGUCUGGAGGAGCGCCGUCUGGAGGAGCGCCAUCUGGAGGAGCGCCGUCUGGAGGAGCGCCGUCUGGAGGAGCGCCGUCUGGAGGCCGCCAAGCAGUACUUUAAAGAGUGGCGCAAAACCCAGCCUUAG